AUAUAAAUAGAGUAACUCAGCUAUACCUUUGUGAACUCUGAACAAAAGGUAGUAGCUUUUUUUAUAUCUACUAAUCAGUUCUUUAAUGGAGGCGGCAACGGAUUCGCAACCACCAACGGCGGAAUCACAGGAGCCGAAGAAAGAGACCGAGGACGAAAUCUUGCUCUCCAAAGCACAGAACUUAAUAUCAAAGAUUACAUCUUCUCAAGCAAACCCUAACUCCAACGUUCUCCAUGCUUUGGCUUCCAUUCUUGAGACGCAAGAGUCCAGAUACAUGGAGGAGUCAGGUCAUUCUUCUGUCACUAAUGGGCGGGCUUCUCAUAAUAUUGGAAGGCUGGGGAACUUGGUCCGGGACAAUGAUGUUUUCUAUGAGCUUAUAUCCUAUAAGUUUCUUCUUAUGGAAACUAGAUACUCCACCAGCAUUCGAGCAGCUUCUGCAAGGGUACUUCUUAGCUGUUCGGCAAAUUGGAUGUAUCCUCAUGUCUUUGAAGAUGCUGUUCUGGAGAACAUCAAAAGCUGGGUGCUGGAUGACAAUGCCAGGUCUUUUGGGGAUGAAUGCAAUAGAAAGCAUGAUUUGGGGAGUGAGACACCCACAGAUUCUGAAAUGCUGAGAACAUAUGCUACUGGACUUCUUGCUUUAUGCUUAGCUGGUGGAGGUCCAGUGGUUGAAGAUGUGUUAACGUCUGGAUUGUCAGCCAAGCUCAUGCGUUAUCUUCGCACAAGGGUUCUCGGGGAAACAAGUACAAGUCAAAAAGAUGCUAGUUAUCUAACAGAAAAUAAGAAUACAUCUGGUACUUCUUGCAUAAAAGGUAGAGAAGAAAGUAGAUGUAGGUUCCGGCAGGUAAUGGAUGCCACUCAAUUAGAUGGUCCUAGGUUAGUAGAUGAGGGAUUGUUAGAUGAUCACAGUGGGGAGAGGGAUCAUGAUAAAGGCAUGGGUAUUAGACAAGCCCGAGGUGAAGAGUGUUUGGGCGAUGGAGGAGAGUCACUAAAAUCUCGAGAAUAUGCGGAUGACUUACCUGAGGGGGUUGAUGUGUUUGAGGUAGAUGAGGAUGACGUUGAACAGCUUGGUGAGGAAAGAAGGCAAAAUCAUGAUUUGCAUGACGGGAGGGAACAUUUUGGGGACAGAUACAGUACAGGUAGAUCCAUGAGAGAUGAAGAUGCUGAAGAGAACAUAAGAGAUGAUUCAUCAAGGCGCAGGACAAACCGUGCAUGGGCAAGGAUUAGAGGAAAGGGAAGGGUUAAUGAAGGAGCUGUAGACAAUGAAAGAGCUUUGACCCCUCUAGGAUCUGGAGUACGUUUAGGACAAAAUCGGGGUGUCAGGGAGAGGAAUCAAAUAAGAAAUCAAGAUUUCAAGAGAGUACCUGAUGUCAAAAAGUCUUCGGAAAGGAUUGAUGCUGAUGGAUUUAUUGCGUCGACAGAGGAUAACGAUGAUCGUUUUCUAGAUUGCAAAGUUGGCACGAGGGAUAUCUCUGAUCUGGUAAAGAACGCAGUAAGAGCUGCUGAAGCUGAAGCCAGAGCAGCCAAUGCAUCUGCAGAGGCAAUGGAGGCAGCUGGUGAUGCUGCCGCUGAACUUGUGAAGAGUGCCGCUAUAGAGGAAUUUAAGAGUACAAAUAAUGAAGAAGCUGCAGUUUUAGCUGCUUCAAAAGCGGCAUCUACUGUUAUAGAUGCUGCUAAUGCAACUGAGGUCUCAAGGAGCUCCAGUAAUCUAGCCAAGGAUUCGAUUUGUUCAAAGGCCACAGAACCAGACAAAGAUGAGGAGUUAGAAGGUUCGUUUGUUUUGGACACUGACUCCCUUGCACGGUUGAGAGAAAAGUACUGUAUUCAAUGUCUUGAGACACUUGGAGAAUAUGUUGAAGUCCUGGGCCCUGUUCUUCAUGAAAAAGGGGUGGAUGUCUGUCUUACACUACUGCAACGGAGUUUGAAAAAAAAAGAGACAGCAGCUGUCACGAAUCUUCUGCCUGAUGUGCUGAAGCUAAUCUGUGCUUUAGCUGCCCAUCGUAAAUUUGCUGCAUUAUUUGUUGAUCGUGGUGGCAUGCAAAAACUUCUUGCUGUCCCGAGGGUUGCUCAGACUUUUUUGGGUCUUUCUUCCUGCUUAUUUACCAUUGGUUCUCUUCAGGGAAUUAUGGAACGUGUAUGUGCUCUUCCUCCAGAUAUUGUCAACCAAGUGGUUCAGCUAGCUCUCCAGCUUCUUGAGUGUCCACAAGAUCAAGCCAGAAAAAAUGCUGCUAUUUUCUUUGCUGCUGCAUUUGUCUUCAGAGCAAUUGUGGACUCUUUUGAUGCACAGGACGGUUUGCAGAAAUUUCUAAACCUGUUACAUGCUGCUGCCUCAGUGAGGUCAGGUGGUAAUUCUGGGACACUGGGUUUGUCCAAUCUGGGGUCUCUUCGAACUGACCAGUCACCUGCAGAGGUGCUGACUGCGUCAGAGAAGCAAAUAGCUUACCACACCUGUGUUGCUUUGCGGCAAUACUUCAGGGCACACCUUCUCUUGCUUGUGGACUCCCUUCGUCCUAACAAAAAUCGAAGUGCCGCCCGACAUAUUCCAAGUGCCAGGGCUGCCUACAAGCCACUUGACAUUAGUAAUGAGGCCAUGGAUGUAGUGUUUUUGCAAACACAGAGGGAUCGGAAGCUUGGCCCUGCAUUUGUAAGAGCUCGUUGGGCUGCAGUGGAGAAGUUCUUAUCCUCCAAUGGGCAUAUUAUUAUGUUGGAAUUAUGUCAAGCCCCAACUGUUGAGCGCUACUUGCAUGACUUGGCUCAAUAUGCAUUGGGUGUUCUUCACAUUAUUACAUUGGUACCUAACGGCCGUAAACAGAUUGUGAAUGUCACAUUGAGCAAUGAUCGUGUUGGUAUGGCAGUUAUUUUGGAUGCGGCAAAUGGUGCUGGGUAUGUAGAUCCUGAGGUUAUUCAGCCAGCACUAAAUGUGUUGGUUAAUCUUGUUUGCCCGCCCCCUUCAAUUAGUAACAAGCCACCUGUGCUUCCACAAGGUCAGCAGUCUAUUUCAGUUCAGAGCUCAAAUGGUUCUGCUGUGGAGAAUAGAGAAAGACAUGCUGAAAGAAAUGUUGCCUUGCCCGUUCAGAAUGAGUCCAGGGAGCGGAAUGGUGAAUCUGCUGUUGUGGAACGUGGCUUCUCAGCAGUACUAAGUACACCGGGUAAUUCACAAGCAGUACUUACUACACCGGGUAAUUCACAAGCAGUAUUUAGUACACCGGGUAAUUCACAAGCAGCUGUUCCUACUGUCACUUCUUGGGUGGUGGGAGAUCGUAGGAUAUCUUUAGGUCCUGGAACAGGUUGUGCUGGCCUUGCUGCAAUGUUGGAACAAGGAUAUCGUCAGGCAAGGGAGGCUGUUCGUUCCAACAAUGGAAUAAAGGUUCUUCUGCAUCUUCUCCAUCCUCGUAUACUCACACCUCCUACUGCUCUUGACUGUAUACGUGCUCUUGCCUGCCGAGUCCUGCUUGGUUUAGCCAGGGAUGAAUCAAUUGCACAUAUUUUGACGAAGCUUCAGGUGGGGAAGAAACUCUCAGAGCUUAUUCGAGAUUCAGGCAACCAGACGCCUGGUUCAGAGCAGGGCAGGUGGCAAGCAGAACUUGCCCAAGUAGCAAUAGAGUUGAUUGGGAUCGUGACAAAUUCAGGACGUGCAAGUACACUAGCAGCUACUGAUGCUGCUGCCCCUACUUUGAGGCGUAUAGAAAGAGCAGCUAUAGCUGCUGCCACUCCUAUAACCUACCAUUCCAGGGAGCUUUUACUCCUUAUGCAUGAACACCUUCAAGCAUCUGGCUUGACCAAUACUGCUGCUUCAUUGCUAAAAGAGGCUCACUUGACACCUUUACCAUCUAUGGCAGCACCACCUUCACUCCUACACCAAACUUCUGUUCAAGAAACUCCACACACUCAAAUUCAGUGGCCAUCUGGUCGCGCCUCUGGUGGGUUUCUUUCAGAUACAUCAAUACCAACAUCGCGGGAUGAGGAUUCCAGCCAGAAGACUGAUUCAGUUGUGCUUUCUUCAAAGAAGAAACCACUAGUUUUUUCAUCUAAUCUCAGUUUUCAUUCAAGAAAUCAGCCUCUGUCUGAUCCACCAUCAACCAGCAAGAUUCCCAGUUUUUCAAAGAAUGAAUCCGCAGCUUCUGGGGUAUCAGUCACUUCAGCAGUGUCUGUAGUAAAGCCUUGUGCAAAUACAGAACCCCAAUUUAAGUCUCCAAUUGUGUUACCAAUGAAACGGAAACUAACAGACUCAAGGGAUGGUGGAUUUGCUUCGCCAGGGAAGCGACAUGCGAUUGGUGAGCAUGUGUUUCGGUCUCCAAUAUGCCAGACACCCCCUGUUGUCCGUAGAAGCACUCAAACAAUGGAUUCCAUUGGUUUGUUCGUCACACCAAACUGUAGUCAGCGAGAUCAAUGUGGGCGCUCCACUUCAAGUGGCAUUGUUAUUGAUAAUUUGGAUGAUGGCCAGUUCAAUAGUACCCCUUCAGGGCAGAUUACUCCCUCUUCCUCCCAGCCCGGUCUCCUUGCUGACUCACUACCUAGUAAUACAGAGCGAGUCACUCUAGACUCUCUUGUGGUGCAGUAUCUGAAGCACCAGCAUCGCCAAUGCCCUGCUCCAAUAACAACUUUACCUCCGCUUUCUCUCUUACACCCACAUGUGUGUCCUGAACCAAGAAGAAGUGUGGAUGCACCUGCAAAUGUGACAGCUAGGCUAAACACACGUGAGUUCAGGAACCAUUAUGGUGGAAUCCAAGGAGACCGUAGGGAUCGUCAGUUUGUCUACAGUAGAUUCAGGCCAUGGCGCACUUGCCGGGAUGAUGCUACCCUCCUGACAUGCAUUACUUUUCUGGGAGAUUCCUCCCAGAUUGCCACUGGCAGCCAUUCUGGUGAGCUCAAGAUUUUUGACUCGAACAGUGGUAAUGUUCUGGAGACCUCCACGAGCCACCAGUCACCAGUUUCACAUGUCCAGUCGGCCCUGUGUGGGGAUAGCCAACUGAUUCUCUCUUCAGGAACUUAUGAUGUGCGAUUGUGGAAUGCCUCUUCAGUUUCAGGAGGGCCGAUGCAUACAUUUGAUGGACGCAAAUUGGCACGGUUCAGUAACUCAGGGACCACAUUUGCAGCCCUAUCAUCAGAGUCAUCCAGGCGUGAAGUUUUCUUGUAUGACAUCCAAACCUACAAUCAAGAAUUGAAGCUGUCUGAUACCUUAACAAAUUCUUCAGGUCCAGGCAGAGGGCAUGUACAGUCCCUUAUACAUUUUAGCCCAUCAGACACAAUGCUACUGUGGAAUGGAGUCUUAUGGGAUCGGCGGGGUUCUGGCCCUGUUCAUCGUUUUGACCAGUUCACUGAUUAUGGUGGUGGUGGAUUCCAUCCUGCUGGAAACGAGGUGAUCAUAAAUUCGGAAGUAUGGGAUCUCAGAAAAUUUAAGCUUCUCCGCAGUGUACCUUCUUUGGACCAGACAGUCAUAACAUUCAACGGACAUGGGGAUGUAAUUUAUGCAAUCCUCCGGAGGAAUCUUGAGGAUAUAACAUCGGCAGUACACACCCGACGUGUUAGGCACCCACUUUUUUCUGCAUUCCGCACUGUGGAUGCUGUUAGCUACUCAGACAUUGCCACAGUCCCGGUUGACCGCUGUGUCCUUGAUUUUGCCGCAGAGCCAACUGAUUCUUUUGUCGGUUUGGUAUCUAUGGAUGACCAUGAGGAGAUGUUUGCUUCUGCAAGGCUCUAUGAGAUAGGCCGAAGACGGCCAACUGAUGAUGAUUCUGAUCCUGAUGAUGCUGAAACUGAGGAAGAGGAUGACGAUGAUGAUGACUCAGAAGCAGAUGAGGAUCCGAUAUUGGGAACCGACCUAGAUGCUGACAUUGACAGUGAUGGUGAUGAUAUGAGCAAUGAUGACGAUGAUGAUGAGAGUAUAGACGAAGUGGAUGAUGAUGAUGAAGAUGGAGACUUCACUAUUGAAGAUGUGGAUUAUGAUGGUGGUACAGGAAUUUUUGAGAUUGUAACGGAGGGUGAUGAAGAGGAUAGUGAGCUGGUUGGAUCUUUCAGUAGUGGGGAAGAAGGGGAUAUUGACAAUCGGUUUGGUUUUUGAUGUUAUAUUUGAGAGGGGGAUUGCCACGCCACCGGCCUGUUAUCAAUCCCCACGCUCAAACAAUGGAAGCGCAGGAGCAGGUGGG